AGGCGAGGCGCGGCGAGGCGAGGCGAGGUGACGCGACGCGACGCGACGCGACGCGACGCGACGCAGGCGGACGGACGGAUGGACACGCGCCGGUAACGCAAUUACCGCGACGUUAAUUUACUCAAUAAUCGCAGAAGCAACCCCGUCUAAAUGUCGGCACGCGUCCCUCGACCCUAAUCAUAGCCGGCCGUCGCUCUAUACAGACAUCUCUGACAUUGUCGGUGACUCGAAAAGCCGUCGAGAUUAACGCGACCGCGCUAUCGUUCAACCGUUCUUCUUCCUCUUUAGGUGUUUUGCUCUCUUCUUUUUUUUGUUUCUUUUUUCUUAUAUCUAUCUCAAUUGUACGAUCGUGCUAUUUGCGCGGGAUAGAGGAAGCGUGAUAUCCGCGUGAGACGGUGAUUUGAUAGAACACGUUUGGCGCGUGGUGCGCUCCUCAAUUAGAACCGGUUGCUCUGUCUAUCGUCUAUGGACUAUAGCGUGGAUGGUUUAGGUGCGUUACACGCGUGUACCGCCAUUUGGCAAGCGCACAAGCCGUGUACACGAUCCGAUAAGUAAAUUAAUCUCGCGUUUCUGCUCGUCCUCCCUUCGAAGAUUCAAUACCGACGCGGCUCGGCGUGAAACGGUGUAUCGACCAUGCGGAGAACUCCACCGCGUUCGACGAUGUAUAACUCCGGAUACGAGACGCGAGGUGAGCCGAAUGAGGGAACGGAUCGUGAAGCGGGUUGUUCAUCGGGUUGUUUUCCCACCGUCCGCGCCGUUACUGUCCAGGAUAACGACGCCACCGUGGAAAUGAAGGGACGUUAUCCGCGCGGGAGAAACGCACCGAGUCGCUCUUAAGUGGAGAGGAGUACCAUACGCUUUCGCGGCCGGGCAAACGCGUCGCGAACACGUCGCGGUGGUAACGCGGAUGACUAUACCGGAGAGAGUAAGGCUUUUCGGGACAUACUCUUUGUGCGCGCGUCGCGCGCGCACACACACACAUACACGCACAUAGCCGUAGCAUUAUUAUCCUACGUGCGAGAGCGCGGCAGAACGGAGAGAAUCGCAGAUACAGAAAGAUCCAUCCCUCUUCCACCGUCGCCGUCGCUACCGUCACCACCGUCGCUGCCGCCGCCGCCGCCGCCGCCGCCGCCGCCGGCGUCGCCUCCGCCACACCGUUCCCCGUCCUCUCGGUGCGGUACGUACCGGAGGACACAUGAAUACCCGAGCGCGUGUCCAUGGAAACGAAUGACGAGGACCCGCCCAGGGACCAACGCGGAGCCAACCCAAGCGACGGCGAGCGUCGCGACGCCGGCCAAUGCGGACGCCAGACCGGCCUCGGAUAGUUGGUGUGCAAGCUUCGCUACCCUUCUACGACGGGGUACCGCCGGCUACGGCGGGUAGGGAGGGGCUGCCGCCGAUGAUCGCGCGCACGGGGGUUGAAUCGUCCUGAAUCGCGCGCACCGAUACUCCCUAAAACGUCGGUGAACGACGGUGAACGACGACGACGACGACAACGACGACGACGACGACGACGACGACGACGACGACGACGACGAAGCGCCGCCGCCGCCGACGCCGCCGCCGUGUCCUCGCGACUUACGUCCAUCAAACGCCGCGCGAUCCGCGCCGAUCAAUUCGAUUUCGUCGCUCGUGCGGAUAAACGUCGCCCCGUACACCCUUAGCCUCGACCACAGCGAGAAGGUGUUGACGACACUUUGCUUCGCGUUAAACGCGUUACGAGAACAGAGUGACCCGCUUCUUGAGAGUGACACACGACCCCCUUCGCGUCUUUCCUCCGAUGAGCGCGAGUUUGAUUCACUGAACCCUCGCUGAUGGACGAUCCGCGAUUUAUCACGUCAUCCGCGUCGGCCGAAUCCACAUCGAGAACUAUCAUGUCGCAAAUGUGAAGAAGGAAGAUUAGUGCGGCAGAGAGACUCGCAGGAAGUCGCUCUGCUACUCGCGGGAGGAAGAGAUUCUCCUCAGCUCGCGCUGGUGCAAAAUAAAAGUCCUCGUUAAUCGAGCUGUCGAGGACGAGGAAACUGCCGCGGAAUCGCUCGACUAAUCGUUCUCCGAGACCUCGCGACUCCGCCAAGGCGAGGAUGUAACCACCGUCGGACAUCCGCGUCGGAUGUCUCGCGUAAACGUCUCGCAGCGUCGCGUCGAGCGAGAAAAAGAUGCAGUCCACCUGCCAACAGCAACAAGCUCAGCCAGGUCAGAACGGUACCUCCGCCAGCAGGACGUCGUUCCUUAUCGAGGAUAUCCUUAGUCGUGGCACCGUGACUCCUCACUCCCAUCACCAUCAGCUGCAUCAUCAGCACCUGACGUCCACCACUCCCGGCCACGGACAGCAUCAUCAGUAUCAGCAGUUCGCCAGUCUGCUACCCGGCUAUCCUACGGCGCCGCCCGCCGCGGCGGCCUUCUUCUUAGGUCCGCUCUUCGGCAGCACUGGCAUGGGAGUCGGUGUGGUACCGGGAGUUGGCGAGCUGGCAGCCUUGAAGCAUUGCCGACGACGAAAAGCUCGAACCGUGUUCAGCGAUCAGCAACUGGCGGGGCUGGAGGCCAGGUUCGAGGUACAGAGAUACCUGAGCACCCCCGAGAGAGUGGAGCUUGCGGCCGCGUUGCAUCUGUCAGAGACGCAAGUGAAAACGUGGUUCCAAAAUCGACGAAUGAAGCAUAAGAAGCAACUGAGGAAACUGAACACGAGCACCAGCGGCAACACCAAUUCGGGCCAGCAAUCGAUCUCCGUUACAUCGCCGGCUGAACGUCCCGUAGAUUUCUCGCUGAGCGGCGGUCGCGAGUCUCGCGCGAGCAGCGACGCACCCGCCGAUUCUGACGACGAGGACGAUGACGAGAUCGACGUGCUGGGCGACGAGACGCCGUCACCGACUCCGACACCAACCGCAACGCCGACACCGGCGCCGACCCCGACCCCGAUGCCGAUGCCGAUGCCUACCCCGACGUCAACGAUGAUGCCGACGUCGACGUCGGCGGUCUCGACAUCGACACCACCGGCGCCGACGUCGACGCGAAGUACCACCCUGCCACCUUUGUCCAGACGCGGUACGCCACCGAGGAUCCUUCACACGAUUCAUCCGCACUCACACCCACACUCGCACUCCCAUCCACACCCACAUUCGGUCGGCUUGCAUCAUCAGCCGCAACAUGGCCAGCAUUCCGCCCAACAACGUCAACAUCGCUGAGGUGACGUCGUAAUGAGGAAAAGUCGAGAUCGGCCGUUUCUUGCAAAGGAUCACGGCAAUCACGUAGAGAGGAAGGGGAUGAUCUUAUGACGACGACGUUCGCGACGAUCGGAACGAAUAUCCGUCGGAAAUCACCAAGUUCGCCACGCGGACCGACGAAUCACGCGAGACCUGAGCGUGGAGUUCAAUAGAGAGCGAUCAUCCAGUUCGCGGGCUAGAGAGCAUAAAGAAACGUCGUCUUGCGUCUUCGAGAGGUAUUUAUAUGAAUUAAUAAAGAAAAGCAGGGCGGGAUGGGUGGAAGGGAACAGAGAACUGAGUGGCAAUUCAGCGAGAUGUUCGACGGAAUCGAUCGCGGUGAGUCGCGCGAAGAUCUUCUCGUUCGCUAUAACGUAAAUAAGGAGCUCCGCCGCUUCCCGGUUCUCACACAAAUCUACUUUUUAUAGAAAAAUGCAGUAAUAAAUAAAUGGUGUUUGGUCUCUUGUUACUUUUUAAUAGCGAAGUGUAAAGAUAGGCCGUGGUUUCCGUUGAGAAUUAAACUGUCAUGCUCUAACGCGACAUGCCUGUGUGUACACUUGCUUUCCUCCUCGAUAGCUUCUCUCCCACUUUCGUCGGUGUCACGAGUAUUUUCUCCUCCUUGUAGGAAUAGUCUGAGUAUCGCGCUUCUACACGCAGAGAAUAUUAUAGUUCUUUUCUUUCCACAUAAAUUUGUUUCAAUUUUAUUAUGUUUCUAGCGGUGCAGGAAUAGACUAUCAGUAAGAUUUAUCUUGAUCCAUAUUGCUAAGAAACAUAAUAAAUUUUGCUAGAAACAUAUAUUAAGAGAGAAAACGAUUAAUUUAAUUAAAAUUAUAGUUGUUGUUGACCCCAGCCAUAUUUUUUAGUUGCGAAAAUGGUAGUAGUAAUAUAUAUAUAAAGUUAUUAUAAUAAAUAUUACAGUAGAAUAUAAUAAAACAAUAGUUUUCUUGACCAUAAUUUACAGUAAUGAUUUCUCUACGUAAAUAUAAAUACUAAACAUUUUUUCUAGGUGUGGCAAAUUUUUCAAUAGCACAUUUCAGUUUUUAAAAUAUGAAACGGAAAGGUAUAUGUAUAAAAAUAUCUGAAAAGAUAUACAAGAUACAUGAA